GUGUACUUCUUUCAGUCCAUUUAGUAGUAUUGGGUGUAUUAUUGAAAAUGUUAAUAAAAUCAAUAUUAAUAAAUAUCGUGGUAGCAAUUGUGUCUACGCAGGAGCUUCGUUAUGACAACUAUGCAUUGUAUAAGGUACACCCUCGGAAUGAAAGAGAUAUUGAAUACCUCAAUAAAGUUGAAAAAGAGAACCAGGGAUUAGAUUUCUGGAAGACUGUGAGGCGCGUUGGCGACUAUGCAAGUGUUGUGGCACCUCCAGAACUGAGACACAAGUUCGAACAUCUAAUGUCAAAACGGAGUAUUCGAUCGGACUUAAUGUUGACUAAUAUUCAAGAUGCCCUUGAAGCCCAAACGUACAGUCGGAGAAAGCGAGAUAAUAACAUGCUCUGGACAGUAUAUCAAACUAUAGAAGAUAUAUACGCAUGGUUUUACGACCUGGCAUCACAACAUAGUUUUGUUUCUUUAAUACAACUUGGAACUACUUAUGAAGGCAGAAACAUUACUGGCAUUAAAAUAUCAAGAGGUUCGAGUGGUCAAAAUAUUAUACUAGAGGGUGGCCAGAUUGGAGCUGAUUGGUUAUCUCCAACCGUCUUGACAUACAUCGUUAACCAGUUGAUUGAAGGUGAAGACCCUGAUGCGAUAAUUGCAGCACGUGAUUUCGAUUGGCAUAUUUUUCCUAUCCUAAACCCAGAUGGACAUAAAUUUUCAGACGACUCGGUUAGACUUUGGACCAAAAAUAGGAGACCAACUGUGGGAACGAAUUUGGGUGUUGAUCUCACCAAGAAUUGGAAUUCUCAAUGGGGAAUCAUUGGUGCUAGCUUUGAUCCAGCUUCAAACAAUUAUGCUGGAAACGGUCCUUUCACCGAAAUAGAGACUCGAUCUUUGUCGCGGUAUAUUGAAUCACUGUAUCCGUCGGUAGUGGCGUACCUGUCCUUCAGGGGUUUUGGACAGAGGUUCUUGAUUCCUUUCGCACAUUCCACUGCGCCUAUGUACAAUUACGUGGAUAUGUUGACGCUUGGAAGGAGAGCUAUGGGAGCUUUAGCAGGAAGGUAUGGUACACAGUAUCUAGUCGGGACCUCUGCACAGGUUCACGAUGGCAAUACAGGAAAUGUCGCUGAUUGGGUGAAAUACCGUUUCAACGUUACAAUGGUUGCCACGUAUCAUCUAAGAGAUACUGGUGGUUUCGGUUACAUUUUGCCCGUCAAUCAAAUCUUACCAUCUUGUGAGGAGACCUUCGAUUCUCUAAUGUCAUUAUUAAGAGAAGCUAGACACAUGAAUGUUAUUUAAGAAAUAUCAAUGAAUAUUUAAAAUUAUAAUAUCUGUUCAUUUAUAACAU